GCGCGGGCCGGGGGGGAGGGGCGCGGGCGGCCGCGGCGGCGCUGACGGGAUCCUCCCUCCGCCGGCCCCAGGGGGAGGGGCAGGACCUGAUACUCACAAUGGCCAUAUCACAGUUCCGGCUAUUUAAAAUUUGCACUUGCCUUGCAGCUGUGCUCUCGUUCUUUAAGAGGUUAAUAUGCAGGUCUGGGAGAGGACGGAAGUUAAGCGGAGACCAAAUCACUUUGCCCACUGCUGUAGAUUAUUCAUCUGUUCCUAAACAGUCAGAAGUGGAAGAUUGGAGUUCCUGGGAUGAAGACGCACCCACCAGUGUGAAGAUUGAAGGUGGGAAUGGCAAUGUGGCAACACAGCAAAAUCCUCUGGAACAGCUGGAGCCUGACUACUUUAAAGACAUGACACCAACUAUAAGGAAAACACAAAAAAUUAUCAUUAAAAAGAGGGAGCCGUUAAACUUUGGAAUCCCAGAUGGCAAUGUGGGCUUUUCAAGUAGACUAGCAGCUACACAAGAUAUUCCUUUUAUUCACCAAUCUCCUGAACUAGGAGACUUGGAUACCUGGCAGGAAAAUACAAAUGCCUGGGAGGAAGAAGAGGAUGCUGCCUGGCAGGCGGAGGAAGUUCUGAGACAGCAGAAAAUGGCUGACCGAGAAAAAAGAGCAGCAGAACAACAAAGGAAGAAAAUGGAAAAAGAAGCACAGAGGUUAAUGAAGAAAGAACAGAACAAAAUUGGUGUGAAACUCUCAUAACAUUUGCUCUUCAAAUUUGACAGUGCCAGUCGGAGAGAAAUUUUGAGCUACGCAAUACAAACAUCAUUUGUAUUGAUUUGGAUAUUUUAAGAUCACAGACAUGCUGCUUGAUUUGAAUGCAUUUUUCAGACGAUCCAGGACACCAGAAUUCUCCCACAAAAUAUCUUGAACUGCUAAUAUUUGGAUUUAAAAAUAGCUGAUCCUUAUGAGACAAUAUUUUGUUCAGUUGCCCUGUUCCAACAUCCUUCAAAUAUCAGAAAAUGGAUUGCUGCAGAGAAAUUAUUACAAGACAUUCCGGUGUGUCAUCAAGUUUAAGGAAAAACAGUGUAAAAAAAUGUCUUAGUGGGAAGCAGACUCUGCUGUCUAUUAUGCUUACCUUAAGUGUGUGUAAAAAUAAAAUAAAUCCAUUUUAAAUAAUUCUUUGUUUAUAUGGUUAACUCUCCUAACCUAGUCCUGAAUCAUUGGACUUUUAACCUCUUUGUUACCUUUUUUCUUGAAAACCUGAUGAAGUGAACAUUUCUUCUUAUUUCAAGUGUAAUAGCUUUGUCUUUACAUUUAAUUUGUUACAGCAUUAAGAAACCUGAGGCUUUCAUUUUUAUUCAAGAAGGUGCCAUUGAAUGCAUAAGUUUUCUUGGUAGAAUAGCCAAAGGCUCUUUUACAUCAAAAAGAAUUAUCUUCAUUAGGACGGUGUUUUCAGCAAUACUACUUUAAGUGGAAAUUGAUGUUGCAUUUGUAGAGAUUAUUAUAAAGCAGAUGGAAUUGCAAUUGGAAAGAUUAUUGUAAAGCAGAUGCAAUUGUGGUAUUGGGAUUUUUAUAUCACUGUGACUUGUAGCUUUCAUUGAUUUUCAAAAGCUUAUCUUUUCACCCUUUUUAAAGGAGUAUAUUUGGUUACUUUAGCCAAAAAAGCCAUCUAAUUAACCUUAACAGAUGCAGAGAGCCUUAGAUUCUUAGAAUCAACUGUUUCUGUCACAAUGCAAGUGCUAUUGAAGCAUGACAUUUUAUUGAUUAAUUGAGAUAUAAAAUAAGCCAAGAUUGGGAUAAUUUAUCUUUAGUUUCCUUAGAAUAUAAAUAUUUUUUGGUAUGAUUUCAUUGUUGCUAAAAGAUGGUAAUCCCUGACUUAACUCAGUUAAUUUCUUCAUGACUAUAUCAUAUCCAUUGAUGAUCCCAAAUUUGGCAAAGAGAUUUGAGGGUACCCUCCAUCAAACCUGACUUCAUUCAGGAAUUUACAUCCAUGUAACCCAAGACUUAAACUUGAAAUUUUGAAUUUUUUUAUUUUCUCUUUUUCUAUUAAGGACUGUUGCAUGCUGUAAACUAUAUUUAGUUGGUCUGGUUGCCAGCAACUUAUUUUCACCAGUUCUUUCACCUGUCUCUAUCCCUGGAUUUUCCUGAAUUUAGUAAGGCAUUAUGAAGCAGGUGCCACAAAAGAAAGCUUUAUUUAAUUAGCUGUAGCACCUGAAACUUCAAAAUGGUUGUAUCUGACCCCUUUCUCUUAGCUAAUGGUUAUUAGUAGGGGUGGGAAUAAAGUAUUGCGGGAAAUGUGCAAACAUUUUUUAAUAAGUCUUCUAUUCAGUUUUUUAAAUUAAUUUCAAAGCAUGAUUUUUCUGGAUGACACUGUUCCAAUUCAUGCUAUUUUGCAAGCUGUAGCUGAUAAUCGGCUUAUUCUUAUUUCCUUCAAAUCAAAUAGUCAUUACAAAACUCAACUGUUUAUAUCAAUUGAUUGGGAGACGUUACACCCUGUCAGAUGGCCUAGAAAUCCACACCUGGUUUCUUUGUUUGGAAAGAUAUGUUAAUGUGCUGAUCCGAGUUAUUUCAGUUUGUGUAGCAAUCCUAACCAGUUGGGGAGCACCCUCUAUCCAUUCCUUCACCUGCCCUCUCCAGCCACUGAUUUGGCAGUUCUCCACUGCUGCCUUCUGCAUGAGAGAGGGCCGUACACUAGGUAUGUGUGUAUGUGUACAUAUAUUUAUAUUUAUAAAUACAUAUUACAUAUACAAUAAAAUUUGGUAGUGAAACUCA